AUGUCUAAACCUUUCAUAUCUGGGGUCGCCUUUGGGGCUGCUCUAACCGCAACGGCCAUUUACGAACCGGGUGUCAUCAUCGGGCAAAUGACCUUCCAGAACUGGCAUAUGGUCCUCACGUUCCUGACAGCUUCUGGUACCAGCACUCUCCUCGUCAACGCGCUGCAACGACUAGGUUAUAUCCACCUGAACCCGCGAGAGUACUCGACAAUCGGCAUAUUUAGUGUUCUCGAUGGGAAUAUACUAGGGGGGUUACUUUUAGGUGCCGGCUUGACCAUAUCUGGAUCCUGCCCAGGGACUGUCUUUGCGCAGGUAGGGACUGGUAUUCGUUCUGGCCUCUAUACACUCGGUGGUGGGAUACUUGGUGGUAUAAUAUGGUCCGGCUUCCUGAGGUCGGCUCUUCGUGGUCAGGCGAAGUCGAGUACAAAGACACUAGACGGAAAAAGGUACCCUUUAACUCUAGACGAGUGGACAGGUACAAGUCGCCUGGGUACGAUUAUUGUCAUGGAGGCCUUGUUUGCGAGUGCCGCUGCAACAAUAGCCUAUCUUGCUUCCCCAAAAUCAGGUGGACUAGUGGAUCCAGUCACAGGUGGUAUCUUGGUUGCGGGUGCCCAAAUGGUUUCCAUCGUGACACGAAAGUCUCUACUGGGAACUUCAAGCUCCUUCGAGGAGGUCGGCGACUAUUUUUGGUGGACAUUGGGGCAGAGGAACAAGCCGAAGUCGUACAGUGCAAUCGCACUCACUACAGGUAUGAUAGUAGGGGCGCUAGCCGUUUCUUUGGCAUUACCAUCGGCGCGGGUGGCACCCGAUAUCACCAUUGAGCCCACUAGAGCAAUUCUUGGUGGAGUGCUUCUCGCAGUCGGAUCAAGGAUGGCAGGCGGCUGCACGUCCGGUCACGGAAUUUCCGGCAUGUCGCUUCACUCGGUUUCCAGCUUUGUCACUGUGGCUGCUAUGUUCGUCGGAGGAGCGGGCAUCGCCGCGAUCAUAGAGUAG